AAUGAAUCGACCGGAAAAGCAUGGAGUUUAUUGCACAGACGAACUUCACGCCCUCUGUUGGACCUCCUGUCAGUCGCCAUUUUGAGAAUCGUGUUUCCUGUUCACGUUGUCUCUGUCGUUGACUUUUCCUUCACUGUAGCGCGUGGCUGUAAAAUGGCUGAGCAAGAAGAAACCCAGAAGAAGAAGAGGACGUUGAGGAAAUUCACCUACCGUGGGGUGGAUUUGGAUCAACUUCUAGAUAUGCCUGCUGAGCCGUUGAUGGAGCUCAUGCAUUCACGUGCUCGUAGACGUUUUUCUCGUGGGUUAAAGAGGAAACCAAUGGCAUUGGUUAAGAAACUCCGAAAUGCUAAGAAGCAAGCCCCACCUAAUGAGAAGCCUGAAAUUGUCAAGACUCAUCUUCGCAAUAUGAUAAUUGUUCCUGAAAUGGUUGGCAGUAUUGUUGGUGUUUACAACGGCAAAACUUUUGGCCAAGUUGAAGUCAAGCCUGAGAUGAUUGGCAGAUACCUUGGAGAGUUUAGUGUUACUUACAAGCCUGUGAAACAUGGCCGACCUGGUAUUGGUGCCACUCACAGUUCAAGAUUCAUCCCAUUGAAGUAAAUUUGUAAUGUAUUUGACAAUAUUAAAUUGACUUGCUUGUCUUCA